GACGCCUGGGUAGCGCGAGGGGUGCUGACGCCCGGGGAGUGCGACGCGAUACGCGCCGCCGCCGACGCGCGCGGGUACAGCCACGCGACGAGCAGGGGCGCGCGAUACGGCGAAGCGGACAGGGACCACGGCAGGGCCAGCUACGACGACGCCGCGCUCGCCGACGCCAUCUGGGAACGCACCGGGCUGGGAGAGGCGCUGGUGCCCAUCUUGGGACCAUCGGGCGACUCGUCCCCUGCCGGUCUAAACCCCGCGCUGAGGGUGUACAGGUACGCCGUCGGCGAGGUGUUCGGCGCGCAUUACGACGAAUCCACCGACGUCGCGGCCGGGGGACACACCGAGUUCACCUUCCUCCUCUACCUCACCGGAGGCGUGGUUGGCGGCGAGACGGCGUUUUAUCGUCACGCGCUCCUCGCUCGCGACGACGCCAAGGAGACGUUCAGGGUGGCGCCCGAGUUGGGCAAGGCGCUGGUGUUUCGGCACGGCACACGGUGCCCGCCGCACGCGUCGCUCGCGGUGGAGAGGGGAACUAAGGUCGUCCUCCGCUCCGACGUCGUGUAC